AUGGCUGCUGUCAAGGCUUACGAAUUGCGCACCAAGAACAAGGCCGAGCUCACCAAGCAGCUCGAGGAGCUCAAGCAGGAGCUUGCCAGCCUCAAGGUCCAGAAGGUUGCUGGUGGCUCUGCCGGCAAGCUUACCAAGAUAGAUACAUUGGUCGAUUCAUACCCUCGACACGUUUUGACUCGGGCCUCUGCUGUCCGCAAGUCCAUUGCUCGUGUCAUGACUGUCAUCACCCAGACCCAGCGUGCCCAGCUCCGUCUCUUCUACCAGAAGAAGAACUUCCUCCCCUUGGAUCUCCGUGUCAAGAAGACCCGCGCCAUCCGUCGCCGUCUUACCAAGCACGAGGCUUCCGUCAAGACUGUCAAGCAGCAGAAGAAGGCUACUCACUUCCCUCUUCGCAAGUACGCUGUCAAGGCUUAA